GGGUACCACUGCAGCCCACAUCCUUCUGUGUUUGAGGUACGAUGGACAUCGCCAUCCAGCACCCCUGGUUCCGCCGCCCCCUCUUCCCCUCCUUCUUCCCCAGCCGCAUCUUCGACCAGAACUUCGGGGAGCACGUGCCGGACAACGAGGUGUCGCCCUUCCUGACGCCCUUCCACCCGCGCCACUCCUUCCUGCGCCUGCCGAGCUGGCUGGACAGUGGCCUCUCAGACAUGCGCCUGGACAAGGACCGCUUCAUGAUAAACCUGGAUGUGAAGCACUUCUCCCCAGAAGAGCUUGGGGUCAGGAUCAACGGAGAGCUCAUCGAGAUCCACGCCAGACAUGAGGAUCGCCAGGAUGAGCACGGCUUCAUCUCCAGGGAGUUCCACCGGAAGUACAAGAUGCCGGCGGGCGUGGACCCAUGCUCCAUCACCGCCUGCUUAUCCACCGACGGGGUGCUGACCAUCUCCGCCCCCCGCAAGAUGGCAGAUAUCGUGGAGCGCAGCAUCCCCAUCACCCGCGAGGAGAAGCCCCCGCAGCAGUAAAGCCCAGCCGCCAGCCCUUCUGCCACACCCCUGACUCUGCCCCCACUCCAUAAACCCCUCCCAUGCCCCCUCAUCUAGGAACUCAAGCCCCUCCCCUGAAUCCCCAUUGGUGAACCCAAGCCCCUCCCCUGAUUGCUCAUUGGAGAAUGCCAGCCCUCCCCGGAGUCCGCCACUGGGAGGCGCACAGCAUGUGUAGCGCACUAACAUAAUGACAGAUAAACUCACUGGUUUGCUGCUGAUUCAUGACCAGGCUUUCUUAGCUACUGCCACAUGAUUCGUUGGUGUCCAGGAGUGGUCAGGUUGUCCUUUAAGUAUUCUUCUACCCUGUAAGAGCAGUGAUGGAGAGGAGGGGGUCUUCCCCCUAUGUGGAAAGAAUAGUGUGAACUUGCAGGUUUCUCUGAGCGUUGUGUCCCACUAAACUGUGUCACCUUUCCUUGUACCUGGGUGUUUUCUCAUCUUUAUUUUAAAAGCACAGAUUUGUAAGCACAGCUCUGUUCCAGCAUUGACAGCAGCCCAUGUCUGUUCACCUGCAGUACCUGCAACACCUCAGCAAACACCAUCACCUUUACAGACAAGGCCAAGUGCAAGAUCUUAGCCUGGUGACCAAAGUGUUGAGAAGGUGCAUUCAGCACUACACUGGUGCGCUGCUCUACAGAUAGCAUCAGAAAGCCCUCUCUGAAAAUCACAAAGGUCUGCAUUCAUGGAGCAUCAGUUUCUCAAGAGGAAUAACCAAAUGUCUCUCUCUUUCAAUAAUGGCAAGGACUCCACAUUACAGAGUUCUAAAAUUAAAGGCAACACAUCUUCCAUGUGUAUGAAAACCAUUUGAAUGAAAAGCAUCAGAGACCGCCGGUGAUGGUAUGCUAUGCUUCCUAAAACACUGGUUUUAGAUGUGGUGCCUUGCAGCUAAAGAACCCAAAAACAAACAGGCUAAAGAGGGGCUUGGUUUUGGCCUUCUUGGGCCCAGCUGAGAGAAGCCAGAAGCUGGUCAUUUUCUGACUUUGUGGCUUACUGCAGAAGUGGCAGUGAGAUUCAUGUAUUUGCUGAUCAGGCAGGUCCUGCCUGGUUAUUGUUGACCGUAAAAGGACUGCAGCUGAUCCUGGAUCAGUGGGGGUGAGGUACUCUGUCAUCAGUACAGUACAUUGCCUGGGAGUGAAGCUGACAGAUACUGAGGGAGAAGGAGGGUGUGUGUGGAUCUGCACGGCCUCUUUAAAGCUGGAGUGUUACAUCUGCUCACCUGGAACUAAGCAACACCGCAGACGUUAUCAAUAAUCUUAUGCUUGUUGCAGAGCCACCUAGACAGUGUAAUGUGAGUUCUGAGUACUUUCCACCCCCAAUGUCUGAUGCAGGAUCACUUCAGAUAGUGCAAAUCCUAAUCCCAACCAAUGUGAAAAGAAACCUGACCCAGGAUCAGUGCCUCGGGUUAGAGUCUAUCCAUGUCAUGAUUUGAAGUGACCUGGUGAAAGGGUAGGUCUGUUGUAAAGGGAUGGACUAAAAACAGACAGCCUUUGUGUGUGUGUGUGUAUGUGUAUGUGUGUGUAUGUGCCUGCAUAUGCACAUGCAUGUGUGAAAGUGUGUACUUUAUAUGUGUACAUAAGAGGGUUGACUGGAAUUCAUCUCUAAAACCAUUGAGCCAUUUCGAUCUGCUCUUGACCUGCCCCUCAGAUUCCAGGGUCUGGGUGCAGGGUAACGUGGCCAAGAGGUCUUACUGUGUAUCUUUCUGUGAGCUCAAGAUGCCACCAGUGGCAGGGCGGCUAAUAAGACUUUUUCAGCCUUUCCCAGAAACUCUAUAUUUUUUUAGAUUUGACAGCUUCAGGUGUAAGCCAGAUGGGACACCACCAGUGCAGUGCCCCCUGCUGGUGAGCUGGAGACUCCCGUCACUUCCUAUUUGAAGGGAGGUUUACUGGCACAAAAUGAAGAAAAAGUUUUUUAAGAAAGCCGAGGGACAGCGUAUAUCAAAAGAUAAAAGACGUCAGCCACAGCCAGAGUUAAAAGAGCAAAAUCCUAACCCCCCACCUGUAUGACAGAGAGUGAGAGGGCUGGGCCAGGGGUCAUGUGAUCGGCAGAAGAAAGCUGCUGUGUUUCCACACUCUGCUUAUUGUUCAUGUACUGUUUCUGUUGCUGCAUAAUCAAACAUUCCUGACAAUCUAUAGCGGUGCACUGUAUUAACACACGUGUUAAUAACAACGGCAAUAAUAAACCUGAAACGUUGAUCCAAAGGAAACAAAAA